AUGUUCAGCCUCUUCAUAUCCCUCCUCGCGAUCUGGCCGCCAGCAAUAGCUUUCAAGGACCACGGACCGGUAUGGUCAAGAGUAUUCAGUGACAGCAGUCCAGAAACGAUUCCCGAGAAGUUGGUUUAUUAUCCAACCGUCGGUUCAGUAGUUGGGGCCUGGCUCGGAUCUAUUGUCAUUCCACUUGAUUGGGAUAGGCCUUGGCAGGUUUGGCCGAUACCAUGCGUAUUAGGAGCUUACUUUGGAUAUACCACAGGAACGAUUAUUAGUCUCGUUGUUUGCUAUUUCAGUAAAGAGAGUGCUGCGCAGAAAAAGAGACGACAAUAA